AUGUCAAGUGUACCUGAUACAUGGACCAGAUGCUUAACCCAACAGACUCAGUGGAUGCCAGCGCUACGCCAGUUACCAUAUGCUUCCUCAGGUUCCAGAACAAUGUAUUCGGAACAGUCGUGUAAGCCUAGUCCUUUGUCUCAACGAUCUCAGCAACCCUUUGGGCCAGUGCGAUCCUGGUCCUUCUGUGGACGAUUCCGUCUCACUCAGCGUUCCUUAACCCCCUUGGUCUAUUACGACCCAUGUACGCGCCGGACAAGGAAACCCUCGGAACCCUCGACCGGACUUACACUACACUCCUCAGAAGUCAAUUUGAUCGCCGGCCACGUGGUCACAGAUACUUCAUCGUUAAACGCCCGAUCGGUGGAGAAGAGGGAUACCAGUGAGAUCAAAGCUCGGAAGUUCAUAUGCAGCUACCCAGGCUGCACGAAAUCUUACACCACCUCUGGGCACCUCACGGCGCAUUAUCGAAAACAUACCGGUGAACGGCCCUUCGUUUGCACCUUUCCCUUCCCCGCUGAUGAUGGACGGACGCACCUGGAGGCGAUACAGGGCCGGAUAUGCGGACUACGGUUCGGAAGGUCAGACGAAUUAACGCGACAUACAAGGAAACACUUCAACAUUCGACCCUUUGGUUGUCCCCUUUGCUUCAAGCGCUUUAUUCGCGCGGACCACUGUCGUGCGCAUAUUCGACGCCAUGACCUCAGAAACGAAGCAAUUAAGUCGAAGUCAGCACCAGACAGUACCUUCAGGUCUGAAACACUCUCGCCACUCCAACCGACCUGGUGUGAUUCCACUGGUUUCCAUGAUUGGAAGAACAUAUCUGCGACCACGGAACAUGACCCUGCUCAGCUGUACUGA